GUAUUUACUGUUCUAUAUUUAGAACAAGGAAGUAAGCUAUUCAGCUAUUGGUUAGUAAGGAAAAUGAUCGAUAGGUGUGCGUAUAACUCGUAUUUGAAGUGCUACAUGAUGAUAUCGCUGGUAUACUAUUCUUUAACGGAGAGAGUCGUUAUCUCGAAGACCGAGUAAAAUUUAAAAAACAGACAACAGUUCGUCAAAGAGCAUGGGGUGACGAAAGUGCUUUUAUGGAAGUAAAUGAUGGGAUUUCAGAAGACUCUGUUACUGCCCCAGCUAUAUAUGGCCAGGUGACCGGAAAUAUUUUUACCGAUUCUUUCAAUGUUUCAGGGCUAUCUGUCUGUUCUGCUAACGACUCUAAGUUCUAGCGAGGAUAACACCAUGUUCAAAUCGGUCGAGCUCCUCGCAGUUUCCCUUACUGUGAAUUGUUCAAUCAUAUGCUAUUGUCUGUUUACGAGAAUUCAGAGAAGACUUGCUUCGAAAUGUUGCUGUGAAAAAUGUGGAACAAUUGUUGCCAUUUGCCAGACGUACAACACGAAACCUCACUACCUGCCAAAAGUGUUGACGGAACAACUGUUUAUAUGGUUCGUGGCGAUUCUGGGUUUUGUCGCACUAUGCGGUUCGGAUGUAAUACGGUACCCAUUCAGCGGAAAUGCUAGUUCAACUAUCAACGACUUCGUGGGCAUUCUUUUAGCAAUAAAUAUCGGAAGAUACAUAUACCUAAUUUCGGUGAAUAUAUACUUUUAUGGAGAAAGUGAGCGCUCCCGGAUAAAAACGGAUCUAAUGCACCAUAUAGUGACUAUAGUUUGCUAUUCCAUAUUCUUAGGAUACCACCAAAAUUUACUUUUGUCGUUAGUAGGAAUGACUAUGGAAACAAAUUCAACGAUAAUUGAAAUUUCAAAAAUUCUUAAGGAGAUGGGUAAAAAUCGGACAAGGUUGUACUGCAAGCUGUCUUUCAUAAAUUGCGCUUUAACAUUAGUCUUUCGUGGGAUUAUACCCGUUGUGUUCUUAGUGAUAGCAAUGUUUCACGAGACGCCAUUCGUGAUGCAUUACACAGCCUUAACUGUAUUUUUCUUGAGUAUUAUUUUCUUUUCUGUGAUAAAUGUGUGGCUGAUCCUAGCCACCAUACAAAGAUUGGUCAGAUCCUUCUGCAAAACAACAACUGACUUUGAAAACACAGAAGCCGCACGCGGGAUUCAAAGGGUGUGUCACUCCCAUUUAACAACUAGAAACAAUCUAGGAUACCUCCGUCGUUAUGACAACAAGAAUCUAUGUAUGGUUGAUGACGAGAAACUGAACACAAACAGAAAAGACACGACCAAAGAAAACAUUCCGAAUUUGCAUUUCCUUCAAAAUGGUAUGCAUGAGUUCCUUCCUCAUCUGCAAACUCUGUCGGAUUCUGGCAUCCAUGCUACGUUAUCAAACGCAACACAGCGGGCAGUAGACAGUAUACCAUUGCAAGAAAUCGUGGUGGAAAUGCCUGGUGACGAAGGUGUGGUGGAGAGGCCUAGUGACGUGCGCGUGGUGGAGAGGCCUAGUGACGUGCGCGUGGUGGAGAGGCCUGGUAACGUGAAUUCGCGGGACAGUAACGGAUCCGAAACAUCACAGGAAGCCCUGAUAGGGGAGAGGGAUUCUACACAGAGAACGGAUACAUGACGGCGUGUGUGAUACCAACGCGACAAAAGGCCAGUCCGUCCAAAUUCACAUGGAGAUAUUUUAGACCACAGAGAAUGUCAGAUCUUGUGUUCUUGUAUUAAUGAAGAAUAUGACAAUUUCUAGAAAUGUCUGAGCUUUUCGAAAAAUUCCAUUGCCCUUGAUUUUUUAAAAAUCAAAAACGUGUGUUCGCUUCUACUUUCUUUGCUCAACUCUUAGUUUCAUAUUCCUUAUAGGAGUUAUGAGAUUGAUCACUGUUCGUUAUCCUCGCCUUUUCUUAAUCAACUGGAAUGUCAGAAUUUACAAGUCAGGAGUUUCGUUUAUUCCGCAAAUUUCGCUAUUUUCAGUUUAACGAGACAGUAAUACGUUAGCUGCCCUAGAUGUUUAUAAAUACUACAUAGCCCCUCCCCUUGUUGAUACACACCUAACUUGGUUAGUUGAAUGUUUUGCCGUAUCAUUUGGUGUACAUUUACAUGUAGUGAUAUUUCGUUCGUACCAUAGAUAUCCUCAGAUCAAACAGUCACGAUGUACGUCACAUUUGAAAUGGAGGUGCUAUAAAGUGUGUGCGUUUAAAGAUCAAAACAUCAACAACGUAUUGAAUUGUAAUAGAUUUCUUUAGAACACCCAGUAGACUUUUGAAAGAAGUGCGUGUUGAUUUCAAUAUGUAAGUACUUGACAGUGUGUUGUUUCGUCUUUUUGCAAAUUCAAACUGUCAGUCUAGAAAUACCAUGCUUUAUUAGACGGACAGAGAAAGAUAAUCAGGUUGUUACUGAACAUUGGUUGUGUUUUGAUGAAUGUAAUCAACAUAGAUUGUAAUUACACAGAAGCUAUAUUAAUUACUGUAAGCAUUAAGGAGGUGCCAACAGAUGAAACGGGCUGUACAGGUAAAUGACAACUGUCUUGAUUUUCCCUGUAAUAUUUGAAUAAUUUUACAACAGCUUUAUCUUUAUUUGAAGUCUCGUUUUAUUAAAGUCUAAGAUGAA